CACGCCACGCGCCAGCGCCAGGGCAAGGCGAGGAGCAGCAGGAGGGCGAGCCAUGAGGAUCGGGGGCCCCGGGCGCCACGGGAGACCCCUCGGCCGACCCUGCCCCGCCUGGAGCCUCCGCAGACCCCGGGGGCCCAGCCCACCCCAAGGGACAGCAGCAGCCCUCCCGCUGCCACCGCCGCCAACGAGGGACAACAGCCCCAGGACGCAGCCAGCAUCGCCCGGGAAGAGCUCCGCAAAGCAGUGUGUGAUCUUCCCUUGUAAAAGUGACCAGAUCAACUGAGUCCCUUUUCUCCUCCUUCCCCAUUGUAUCUUCCCAUCUGUUCUCUUGCUGUAUCUCUCCCACUGGGAAUGAAGACUCUGAGGAGGAUGUACAGCCGAGGAAUACAGCAAGAUACUCUUGAAGAUCUCCGGAGAAGACUCUCCAUUCCUCUUCAUGUUGCACAGAACCACCACAUGGACUGAUCUGCCUGGCAAUGGCGGGACUAUGAAGAGCACCACUCAUAUCUGCAUUAUCUUCUUUCGACCUCUGCCUACAACCUUUACAAUUUAUCAUAGUAUUUUCAGGGCAAUAUCUUAAUUAACUUGAAUAAAAAGAUGGAUGUUUUUUGACUGGGAGACCUCUAGUUACAUCUGGACUUGUUGAAAAACACUUGGAUAUUAUGGUACUGGGAAGGGUGGGUUGGAUGGGAUAAAAGCAUCCUUCCUCAUUGGGAUAACAUUUGCGUAUCCCUGGAUUUUCAUGCCUGAGGCAGAACUAGGUUGGAUAGCCAUGUCCCUAUUGGGGCCCUCUGAGCCGUUGAUUCUUGGUUACAACUGAGCAAAACAACAGAUAAAGUCUUCCAAGGCAUCCUUCCUUUGGACAAUCCUUGUUUGCUGAAAAGUCUUGUGCCAGUUGGGAACACAGUUGGGUUUUGAUGGUGACGGCAUCUUUAUAAAAGUUCUCUACCAACUCUUUGCAAGAUGGCUGCAGGAGUGGCAGCGUGGCUGCCUUUUGCCCGAGCGGCGGCCGUGGGCUGGCUCCCACUGGCCAAGAAGCCAAUGCCCAAGCCUCCUCCAGACAAGAAACGCCGCACCGAUGAGAUUUUGGUGGUCAACGUCAGUGGGAAACGCUUCCAGACUUGGAAGAAUACCUUGGACCGUUAUCCGGAUACCCUGCUGGGCAGCUCGGAGAAAGAAUUCUUCUAUGAUGAAGACAGCACGGAGUACUUCUUUGAUCGCGACCCGGAGAUGUUCCGCCACAUCCUCAACUUCUAUCGCACAGGCAGGCUCCACUACCCCCGCCAUGAGUGUAUCCAGGCCUUCGAUGAAGAGCUGUCCUUCUAUGGCAUCAUCCCGGAGCUCAUCGGUGACUGCUGCUUGGAGGAGUACCGGGACCGCAAAAAAGAGAAUGCGGAACGGCUUGCGGAGGAUGAAGAGGCUGAGAUUGCCACCGACACGGGUUUGCCGCCAGACAGCACGUUCCGCCAACGGCUCUGGAGAGCAUUUGAGAAUCCACACACCAGCACUAUGGCUCUAGUCUUCUAUUAUGUGACCGGGUUUUUCAUCGCUGUCUCGGUCAUUGCCAAUGUGGUGGAAACCAUUCCAUGCCGGCCACCUCCCGGGAGGAAGAGGAAUCAACCCUGUGGAGAACGGUUCCCCAAUGCUUUCUUCUGCAUGGACACUGCCUGUGUCCUCAUCUUCACCUUUGAGUAUCUCAUGAGGCUCUUUGCGGCCCCAAGCCGAUUCAAGUUCAUGAAGAGCGUGAUGAGCAUCAUCGAUGUGGUGGCCAUCAUGCCCUACUACAUUGGACUCGUGAUGCCAGAAAAUGAAAAUGUCAGCGGGGCCUUUGUAACGCUGAGAGUCUUCCGGGUUUUCCGUAUCUUCAAGUUCUCCCGCCACUCUCAAGGACUGAGGAUCCUGGGCUACACCCUCAAGAGCUGUGCCUCAGAGCUGGGCUUCCUCCUCUUCUCCCUCACCAUGGCCAUCAUCAUCUUUGCCACUGUUAUGUUCUAUGCUGAGAAGGGCACUAAGGAGACCAACUUCACCAGCAUCCCUGCUGCCUUCUGGUACACAAUCGUCACUAUGACCACACUUGGCUACGGUGACAUGGUCCCAAGCACCAUUGCAGGGAAGAUCUUUGGAUCCAUCUGCUCUCUAAGUGGGGUGCUGGUCAUCGCCCUCCCUGUUCCUGUCAUCGUUUCCAACUUCAGCCGGAUCUACCACCAGAACCAGCGGGCAGAUAAGCGGCGAGCUCAGCAGAAAGUUCGCCUGGCCCGGAUCCGGCUGGCCAAAAGUGGCACGACUAAUGCUUUCCUUCAGUACAAACAGAAUGGAGGCCUUGAGGACAGAGAUCCAGAUGCACAUGCUUUGGCUGUGCGCAACCGCUCAGCCUUUGAGCAGCAACACCAUCACUUGUUGCACUGCCUUGAGAAAACUACUAGUCAUGAGUUUACUGAUGAACACUCCUACAGUGAGUUCUGCCUGACCGAACCCCUGGGCUACCGGACCAGCCGCAGCACCUCUCUCUCUUCCCAGCAAGGCAGCAAAGGUGGCCUCAGCACUUCCUGCUGCCCUCGCCGCACCAAACGCCGCACCACCCGCCUGACCAACUCCACCAUGACAGUGAGCCGUGCCAGUGCUCAGGAGCUGGAUACAAUAAACAGCCAAAAAAGUGCUGCCCCCCAGAGCCGCUCCAACCUGAAUGCCAAGACUCACGACAACUUGAAGCUGAACUGUGACACCCCAGACUUCACUGCAGCCAUCAUCUGCAUCCCCACCCCUCCUGCCAACACGCCUGAUGAGAGCCGCCCUCCUUCGCCCGGAGGAGGCUCCGGUGGACCCCUGCGCAAUUCCAGCCUCUCCAUCCCAUACAUCCUCCAUGAGACUGUCAAGAUCUCCUCCUUGUAAGAGGAGACUGGGGUGGGGCGGGCUGCUUCCUCCGUCCUUCCUCUCCCCAGAAUCACCGCUGACCCUUGGGGUCCUGAUCUGGAGUUCCUCUCUGCACAGGCCUCCCACCCUGCCCUCCAGCUGCAGCCUGAGGGAGAUCCAUUGGGGUGUCACACAGUUUUCUUUUCUUUUUUCGAGGCAACGUCAGUGGCCACCACCAAGAGGAGCUGGCGCUCCAAAGCUUCCAAUGCCUGCCUGGCUCCCCCACCCUCACCCCUACAAUCAAAGCCAUAUAUGAGAGGGGAGAAGGGUGCUAGAUGCUAUGCAACCACAGGGGCAGAGAGACGGAGGCAGGGAAAAACUGGUGCCCCAUUGAAGGAGCAUAGCCCAAACAGUGGAGGAAGACAGAACACUAAAGGCAAUUUCAUUCCACCAAUUGUGUCCUGCAUUGGGAAACAGGGCAAGGGCUUAGGGUGAGCUGAGAUUCCUGUCUGGGUUUUGUUGCCUUCUCACUCUGGAACGGAGCCAGGGUUAGGGAUCUGAAGAGUGGCAGAGACAGGAAGUGAGGCCCUUGGCUUUGGAAGAGAACAGAAGGGGCUGCAAUAAUGGGAGUGCAAGACUCUGGCGUGAACAUGGCCAGGAGAGAUGGUCUUGUGCCAUAGUCUACUUUUACUAAGGAAAAGAAGGCUCUCUGAAGACGGAGGCUCUCUUGGAUAAUGCCCCUCAGCACUGUCCGGGAAGUAGUGCUGUGAGAAUUGGGAACUCUGGAGCUUAUUCCAGCCGAGGACAAGGUAGCCUAUGGUGAAAGAGGGGAGAAAAACAAAGAAAAUGAAUCCACUAAGCUUCCAACCAUUUUCCUCCCCAUCUUCUGCCUCUCCUGGCUGAGACAAAGACAUUACUUGGGGCAAAUGGUGCCCUAUAUGCCUCUUUCUCUCCUUCUCUCUUGGCCUUCCUUUUCCUCCUCCUUCUAGUACCUGUUCUGACUCUAGGAAUCUGCACUUUAAAACAAACAACAACAACAAACCCCAGUCUAUUACACCGAAAUGCAACACCUCAUGGGAAUCUCAUGCAUCACGCCUUCCCCACCCUGACCACACACACACAGACACAUACACCUCCCCUUUCCACCGCAUAGCAUCUAGACUGUGCAUGUGUACGAUACCUCCUCCGAGAGCGGGGAAUCCCGAGUCCACAGCUACAGAGCAUCUCAAGCAUGUGUAGCUGGCACCCCCGUUCUCAGCCACCCCACCCCAGACUAAAGAUAACGCUGUGAAGAACUGAUACCAAACCUGUGGAGCAAGGACAUGGCUUCUGCCGCCACCAUCCUCCUCCUCCUCCAGACACCUCUCUUCCUACCACCCCAGUUACUAUAAAUAGUGAGCGAGUGAGUGAGAGAGAGACUGUCUUCUUGAGAACUAACCUUUCAUUGUCACUGGAGACGGAAGGUGAAUAUGGCAGAAAGCGGGAGAAGAACUUUGGUGCAAUGACAGCAGGUACCGUUCUAGGUAUCAGGCGAGUCACUUGUGCCAUAGCAUGCCUCAAACUGGCCGUCUCUCAGCAUCCUGGAGAAGGUGCCUCUCUCCACAGGAGUGGCAUUUUGGUUUUGCUCUGCUCUCCCUCUUGGUCUUCUCUUCUUUUGCAAAGUAUCCUGAUUUAAGCAUGGCUUAUUUCUUAAUUAUUAUUUUUUUAAAAGAACAGGGGCAGCUGAGAGUUACUGAUGAAAUAAGUCAUUGCUUGCAUCAAGGAUGGGAAAACUGUGCCCUUCCCAAGGCUGUGUUUGGACUUCCAACUACCAUCAGCCCAUGGCCAUCAGGCAUAAUGGGGAUUAUAGUUCAACAAUAUCUUAAUAGUCACAGGUUCUCCAUCUCUGACUUGGGUCCAGAGGAAGGGAACACAACCAGGUGUGCUUGAACUACAGUCCCCGUAAUGACUUGACCAUUGGCCUGUGGGCUGGGGCUGAUGAAAGUUCUGAUCCAAAACAUCCUGGCUUGGUUUACCACAAGGUUGCUAAACUCUAGUCUAGCAGGUUAGAAAGGAGACCUGGCAGAGAGUUCACAUCCUUAUUUGGAAAAAAUAAUAGCACAUUUUGUGAUAAGCAUAUAGUAUGAUGCCUGGGGACCCAAAUUCCUGUAU